AUGAUAAAACAGGUGAUAAUUGGGGUUGUGUGUGGUGCUGCCGUACUGACCGUAGGCAUCCUAAUUGGUCACUUUGGUAUUGCCAAGAGCGGCACCUCUGCACCAUCGUGGCUGAAAGAUGUGGCCAAGGAUGUGGAUGAGAGCCUCAUUGAGAAGUUCAUGUUGGAGGUGGACAACAUUCAGAUUCAGGAAAAUCUCAGGAGCCUGACAAAAGUGCCCCAUAUGGCUACCACAGCUGGAGAUGAGGAGACUGUACAGAUAAUGCUUAAGAGAUGGCAAGACCCUGAAACUGGACUAGACAAGGCCUGGAGAGAGGAGUACUGGGUCUACCUGUCCUUCCCUGACAAAAAUAACCCUAAUACAGUCACUGUAGUGAGCCCAACCGAUACGGUGCUGCACACAAUAAGAGAAAAAGAAAAGCCUUACACUCCGGACCAAAGCGAUCCUGAGGUGGUUCAGCCGUACGCAGCAUACUCCCCUGCAGGACAUGUAAAGGGGAAAUUGGUUUAUGCCAAUCAGGGGAAGCCAAGUGACUACAGCGAACUGAACAAGACAGUGGACCUCAGAGGAACUAUUGCUAUCACCAAAUAUGGUGGCGCAGGAAGAUCGGCUAAAGCCAUCAAUGCAGCACCAUAUGGCGUCGUUGGAGUGCUUGUCUAUACAGAUCCUUUGGACAUGAACGAUGGUCUCAUGUCAGACGCCAAUGAGACGUAUCCUCACUCCUGGUACAUGCCACCCAGUGGCGUGGAAAGAGGUUCCUACAACAUUGACUUUGGAGACUUGCUGACACCUCACUUGGCUGCCAAAGAGGAAACAUACAGAAUCAAUGCCACAGACAUUACAGGCAUUCCUCCUAUUCCAACUCAACCAAUCGGAUUUGAGGACGCCUAUCGAUUGAUCUGUGAGUUGGGAGGAGAACCAGCUCCAGAUGCAUGGCAAGGAGGAUUCAACUGUACCUACAAUUUUGGUGGUCCAGGGUUCAAACCUACAUCCAGUUUCACCAACAGUGAUGUAAAACUGGACAUCUACAACUAUGAAGAGGUGAAACCCUCCUCUAAUGUAAUGGGUUUUAUCAGAGGAAGUGUGGAGCCAGACAGGUAUGUGAUAUACGGCAACCACAGGGACAGUUGGGUUCAUGGCGCGAUAGAUCCAAGCAGCGGCACAUCAGUCAUGCUGGAAAUUACCAGGGUGCUGGGCAAGAUGGUCAAACAGGGCACCUGGAGGCCUCGCAGGUCCAUUAUUUUUGGAAGCUGGGGAGCUGAGGAGUUUGGCCUUAUUGGGUCUGCAGAAUACACAGAGCAAUACUUUGCAGCACUCAGUGAACGAAGUGUUGCUUAUAUAAACGUGGACAUUGCAGUAUUUGCUAAUGCUACUCUCGGAGCUUCAGGCAUGCCAUCAAUGCAGAAUGUCAUCUUUAAAGCUGCAAAACAGGUUAAAGCACCUGGCCACGAAAAAUCUGUGUAUGACAACUGGUUACAGUACACAAACAAAACCAGCCCCACCCAUGGAUUAAUUCCCAGGAUGGGAUAUCUGACAGGAGCAGGAAGUGAUUAUGCUCCCUUCAGCCAUUAUCUAGGAAUCACCUCCAUGGACAUGUCGUACACAUAUGACAAGACUAAAACAAAUGCUCGGAUUUAUCCUGCAUAUCACACAGCAUAUGACACUUUUGACUAUGCUUCAAAGUACAUCGAUCCUGGCUUUGUCGGUCAUCAAGCUGUAGCUAGGACUGCAGGAAAUGUCCUGAUCCGACUGGCUGAUAGUUUGAUCCUGCCAUUAAACUGCGCUGACUAUGCUGAAAGUCUGGAGGAAUACCUCAGCACUGCUUUGAACCUAUAUGAGCAGAAACUUAAAACUAUGAACAUUUCAAUGGAACCCCUUAAACAUGCAGUGACCAGCUUUCGUGCUGCAGUUUCUAAUUUGGAGAAGGUGAUUCAAAGUCCAGACCUGGCAAAUGAAACGCCGCUUAAGGUUAGAUGGAUCAAUGACCAACUCAUGCUUCUGGAUCGAGCUUUCUUGGACCCUCUGGCUUUCCCAGAUAAAUAUGGAUUUAGGCAUGUUAUCUGGGCCUCAAGCAGUGCUGGCAAACAAACCUUCCCAGGUCUAGCUGAUGCCUAUGCUAAUGCUGAGUCAUCAGGGCAGGCCAGCGACUGGGACAAAGUUCACUACCACCUGUCAGUAUUAAGCCAAGCCAUACUGGGUGCCGCCAGCACACUGACUGAUGACAUGCAGACUCAAACUUAG